GGACUACCUGGAAUGCGUGGAGUCGCUGCCGCUCGACAUCCAACGCAACGUGUCCCUGCUGCGCGAGAUGGACACGCAGUCCGAGAGGCAUUAAAAGAAAUAGAUGAUGUCUAUGAGAAAUACAAAGCUGAAAAUGAUCCCAUUCAGAAGAAACGCUUGCAACAGCAUCUUCAGCGAGCGCUAAUCAACAGCCAAGAGCUUGGAGAUGAGAAGAUUCAGAUAGUUACUCAGAUGCUUGAACAGGUAGAGAAUAGGGCCCGGCAAAUGGAGACCCAUUCUCAUUGUUUCCAAGAUAUGUCUGAAAAUGAAAAACCUUUAGAAAAAGCAAAGGUGGAAACUUGCCAACCAGAGAGAUCUUCACGUAGGCCUCGUCGCCAGCGGACCAGUGAAAGCCGUGACCUGUGCCAUAUAACAAAUGGAAUAGAAGACUGUGAUGAUCCACCUAAAGAGAAGAGAUCCAAAUCUUCCAAGAAGAAGAAGCGCUCCAAAGCCAAACAAGAAAGGGAAGUUUCACCUGUAGAAUUUGCAAUAGAUCCCAAUGAACCAACCUAUUGCUUAUGUAACCAAGUGUCUUAUGGAGAAAUGAUAGGCUGUGACAAUGAACAGUGCCCUAUUGAGUGGUUUCAUUUUUCAUGUGUUGGACUUACCUAUAAACCAAAGGGGAAAUGGUAUUGCCCCAAGUGCAGAGGAGAUAAUGAGAAAACCAUGGACAAAUGUACUGACAAAUCAAAAAAGGAUAGGAGAUCGAGGUAGUGAAUGCAAUUCAUGUUUUAAAGAGUUGCGUAUUUUAUAUAUAUAAAAAAAAGUUUAAUUUACAGAAAAAUGUUUUAAGAAAUGCAUAAGACUAUGCAAUAAUUUUUAAUCUAUAGUAUUAAUGGGGUAUUAAAGGCUGUUGUACUUUGUUCUCUAACAUUCUGCACUGAAUAAUUGAACAGGGUGGCUUCAGAACUGCACAAAGAGAAUUACCAACUUUGGUGUUCUGGUUUCAAUUUAACUUCAGUAGCGUUUUUAAGUCCCACUGCCCCCCCCAACCCACCCCCAAAACAAAACAAAACAAAACAAAAACAACCCAUAAAAGCCUGAAAGAGCAAUUGAGGAAAAGACUGAAGAAUUAGCUGUGUUUUAUUGGAAGUGGCAUUUGACCGUUCUUACUUUUUGUGUAACAUCCUCUGUUACUAAAAUCUUGUCUGUUAAUCGAGUUGUUCCACCUCCCAUACCUUUAAAGUUUUCAGAUGCGUCCAGGUGUGUGACGUUACAUAAACAAGGUUUUGAGAACUUUGCUGUAAUUGUAAGAUAGUCUUCCAAGUCAAAAGCAGCCUGUUUCCUCAGUGGCUUUAUAUGACCAGUGUUUGUUUCAAGGAAGAAAAUUCCACUAAUUUAUGCCUUUUUAUGUCAAUAUUAAACUCUUGCCUUGG